AUGGCGUCUCAGUAUGAACCGCGUUUCGAAAGUAUCUACAGUCGUUUUGUGACGCGGCAGGAGUCGGUGGAAGCGCCAAUGUGGAUAAGAAAAGACAGCGGAAACUGGGUUGGUCUUUUUCUCAAUUUCUUUUCAAUGUUAUUGGAGUAAUACAAACUUUUUAUUGACAGAAUCUUUCACACAUUUUGAAAAGUCAUUUUAACGCAAGACAUCAUUAGUUUAUCAACUUUUCACUGAUAGACGUCGAAUUUUUCUAAAGAAAUCCGGUAAACGUAUUUUCUUUGCUUUCUUUUUUUGACGCUCCAGGAUGAAUUUCUACUCAUCAUUUUUUUUACAGUUAUUGAGAGUCUAUAAUCCCAAUGAGAACAAAAUGUUUGCUGAGAUGGUGACGAAAAUUUGGAACUUUUUUGUGAUCGAAAAGGUCGGAACUUUGAGAAACAGGAGAGUUCGAGAGGAGUCAUCGGGUUCACACUCAUGUUUUCACAAACAUCAGUGACCAGAGUCUGUUUGCCGAAUAGACGCUAUCUUUCCUUUUUUUACCUGAGCCUCUCCGCCAGGUGCACGCUCUUUUGCUCAUUCUACCUGCCGUGCUCGCACAGACAUCAGCAACAGACUUAUUGGACCUCCGAGAGAAAAUUUUAUGCAAAAUUUCAUAUCAAAGCGAUCGAAAACCAAAAUUUCUGACUGAAAAAAACUUUUUAAUCCUAGAAAAGUUCUAUCAGAAUAAAUUUAGCCGUGUCUCACAAAAACAAAAUUAAAAUUACUCAUGCUAAAAAAAUUUUAGAUUGAUCUUUUUAGAAAAAUAUAAUUUUUUGCACGACCGAAAUGGUAAUAAUUUCAAUGUGUUUUGAGAUUUAUUCCAAAUCCAAUGUUCUUUUGAACAACUCAUAAGCGAGGAUCUGAAAUGCGUUCAAAUAAUCUCGAUAACUAACUGAAAUUAAUUUUGAUACAUUUCAAUUCUAAUUACAAAAAACAGAGAAUUGAGGCAAAGCAAAACAAAAAGGAGUCAUUAUUUCGAUGAAUAGUUUUAUCGUUUUUUUUUUUCAAAUUAGCCUAAUGUUUCCUACAGAAUGACGAAAGCCUGUCUUCAAAUUCCUCAACGUCUCCGGAUUCUCUGUCUCCGCUCAAUUCUCCCCCAGCUGAAUAUUCCACUUCGCAGUGUUCUUCGUCGGGUGCCAACAAAAUCAACAUUCCGGCCAAAAGAGCUAUCAAAAAAAUUCGCAACGUGCGGAAGAGCGAUAAAUACCACUGUAUUGUUUGCGGCGAUAAGGUAACAUUUUUUUCCGAAUUCCGGAAAAAACCAAGAUCACUUGAAUUCAGCCAACGGGAUAUCACUACGACGUCCUCAGCUGCAACGGUUGUAAAACCUUUUUUCGACGCACAAUAAUCAACAAUCGUACCUUUAAAUGUACCAAAGGCGGCAACUGCCAGUUUACAAAAGGUGGAACUCGUCCUGACGUUUGAAAUGACCACUUGACAUUUUCUACAGACUUUCGAUGUGCUUGUCGCGCCUGCCGUUUUGAAAAAUGCGUCAAAGUUGGCAUGAACAAGACAGGUCGGAUCCAAUCCUCUCAAAGGUGUUCUAAACGCCUCAACCAUUUUCAGCGAUCCAAUACCCUACCAAAUCAGAAGAGUACGACGAAGCUGACGUGAGUGGAGACGACUUCCAGCCCACGACUUCAGAAAGAAACUCUCAUGGCUUGACAGAACGGUUACAAAACAAACAGUUGUUCGCCCUUCAAUGUGUUGACGCCAUUGUUAGUAAUAUUUUGUUCCGUUCGAAGUUUCACUUAGUUAUCUCUGCUUGUCUUUUUGUGCUUUUCAGUCAUUUUCAAGCGAGUUUUCAGGUAGCUCGAGAACGUGCUGCUCACUCAUUUAGACGUUGCGACUUCCAAAACAUUCAUCUGUCCCAAUCUUUGAAGGAUCUCCUAAGAGAGCCCUCUAUUCUAGGAAAAACUUCGCCAGAAUAUGUCAGUCGAAUUUCAAUUUUUUUUUAAUGUCUUGUUUCAGAAGCCAUCAAAACUUUACACUGAAAACCCAAUCAAGUUCUGGAUGCUCUGCGAUUUAUAUCUUGUUGUUGAGUUUGCCAAGACUUUCGACGCAUUCCGUCUACUUUCUGAAGAUGACCAGGUUCUUUUGCUGUUGAUUCACCAUUCUGAAUGAAGAUCUCAUUUAGACUAUACUGAUUGCUCAUAUUGGAGGAUUAUUGCACAUUGCUUCGCAAUCUUACUACUCUUACUAUGACACAAAGUCGAAGUCCUUAACGUUUCCAGAUGGAUUGAACGCUUUGCAGAGAAAAUCACAAGAUACGAGAGCAAACGGUAGUUGGUAAGAAACUUUUUGAAAGUUUUUCGCUAUAGAAGAUGUACAGUUUCAGGGAAAGCUUCUCUCAGUACUAUCUUGAAAUGUACAACUUGCCCGUGAUGAAACUCAUGGAGUCUGGUCUGAACGAAAGAGAAUUCGCUUUCUUUAAAGCAAUUGCCCUCUUCAGUCCAAGUGAGCUUAAAGUUAUUUUGCAAAUCGUUCCGACAAUGUAGGAAAAGUGAAAUGAAGUUUUAUGGUUUUUCAAACUGGACUCAGUCUGUCAAUAGUCUUCUUUAACACAUAACCAAAUCGCUUAGUUUAUGAAUCACAUACUCGGAUUGGUUGUUAGCGAAGUAGGAGUGAAACGAUUUUUUCGUACUCAUCUUCUUUCUGAAAAGGUUUGAAAAGACAGUAAUAAAAUGAUUCAGAUGAAAUGGAAAUGUCUCGAAUCGGACGGGAGAUUGUAGCAGAAGAACGUCAUCGUAUAACGGAGCUUCUGAGACAAUACUUGUUAGCCGAAUAUGGCUUGAAGUCAGGACUGGAAAAACUUUCCACGAUUUUGAUAAGCCUCAGCACAUUCGUUAAAUACGGUGAAAAGCGACGUGAACACUUAGAGGUACUUUUUUCUUAUUUCCAUAAACUUGUGGUUUGUUGAAAUUUGAACUCUCAGGUGCGAAAAUCGGAUUUUCAUUUUUUUUUUUCUAAAUUCUUAUUCUCAAAGUCUCAGUAAAGAUUUUUACUGUCGCUACUUGUGACAGCUUUCAGUUCUAAAUAUAAAACUUUUCUGAAUCUGCAAAGAGCCUGAUCCUCUGGUAAUAUGAGCUUUAUGACGAAUUCUUUCUCUUUUUCUCUUUUUCUCUUUCUAUUCUGUUCCUAUAAUAUCAAAACCGACAACCACAGGGUUGCUUUUCAAUGUGAUUAUUCCAGAUGUGCAAUUUGAUGCAAUUCGAUUUAUCAGAACUGACCAAGGACAUUUAUCUCAAACGGCAUCCGCAGAACUUCCUCUAA